AUGGCCUCAACUAUCGCUAUCGGUGCUGGCGUCGCUGUUGCUGCCUUCCUCGGCCGUGCUGGUCUCAUUGCCUGGCGUCGCUCACGCGGCGGCGUUGGUGCCCUCGGGCAAGCCUUCUACAAAGGCGGGUUCGAACCGCGCAUGAACAAGCGGGAAGCGGCGUUGAUUCUGUCUCUGAGCGAAUCUGGCCUAACUAAGGAGAAGGUUCGCAAGGCGCACCGCACAUUGAUGCUUCUCAAUCACCCGGAUCGUGGUGGCAGCCCGUACCUGGCGAGCAAGAUAAACGAGGCAAAGGAGCUUCUCGACAAGACAGUGUCCCAAUGA